CCGGAUCAUAUAGUGCAGCAGUCUGCAAAGAAAGUGACCACAAUCGAAGCACAUCCAGCCCUCAGAGCGGUGGGUACUGCGACCAAACGGAGACAUUUACCUCAAAUACUAUUAACAACCGGAAAAGACGCCCAUUGGAUAAUUUGAAACCUUUACAUCUGAGGAAGAGGAGUCAUUGCAUUUUGGUUUGGACACCUCGCUGCGCCCAGCGGAUCUAUGAAGACGCGGGCAGGGUUUUUUACUCCCAACACCAGACCGAGGGAACAGGGUGUGAUUCAUCCCCCCGCCCGUAAGCACUGAUGCCGGGUAUUAGCACCACCGCGCCUCGGUAUGAAAACUGGGACAUGGAGCACCUCGACCACUACCAACAUUAUUUCUACGACGACCACCACGACCCGGAUGAGGAUUUCUUCAAGUCCACAGCGCCUAGUGAGGACAUAUGGAAGAAAUUCGAGCUGGUGCCGACCCCGCCCAUGUCCCCUAUCCGGGCAGUGGAGGGGUCCGGCCGGGUCGGGCUGCUCUGCCCGUCUCUGGGGGACAAACUGGAGUGGGUUUCCCAGUUUUUAGGGCAGGACGAUGAGCAGCAGCAGCAGCAACAGCAGCAGCAGCAGCAGCAACAUCAGCAGGAAAUCCCCUGCAAGCUGACCACCUCCAAUGACUCUUAUGGGAACCUCAGCUCCAUUAUUAUCCAGGACUGUAUGUGGAGUGGGUUUUCCGCCGGACAGCAGCUGCAGAGAGUUGUAGGGGAGAGACUUGCAUCCUGUCCCGGGACGGGGGCCGGUGUCAAAGUCGCCGCAACAGCCGCCUCUGUGGUUGCUUCCCCGGGGAGACAGCAGCAGGGUGCCCCCGCAGAAGCGUCGGCUCCAAGUGGACUGGCUGCGGACUGUGUGGACCCCGCUGCGGUGCUCACUUUCCCGGUAAACGGUGGAUGCAAGAAGCAAGUGUCCUCCGGUUCAGAGUCUCACACCGACUCAUCAGAUGAUGAAGAUGAUAACGAUGAGGAUGAAGAGGAGAUCGAUGUGGUGACGGUGGAGCACAAGCAGCAGCAGCGUAAACCUCGUCGGAUGGUCAACUCUCGCAAACCAGUGACCAUCACGGUGCGAGCGGACCCCCUGGACACCGGUAUGAAGCGCUUCCACAUCUCCAUCCACCAACAGCAGCACAACUACGCUGCCCCCUCCCCGGACACACUCCCUCAGCAUGUGGAGCCGCCUCGGAAGAGGGUCCGACAGGAGGCCUCCUCUCACUCGCACCUGAACUCUCAUCAUCAUCAUCAUCACCACCACCAGCCUCGAUCUGGCCACGCCCCUCUGAACUCAGACAGCAGGAAGUCUCAUGUGGCUGGACUCAGGUCAGAGUCGCCUGACCUCAGCGCCUGCUCUCCUACCUCCUCCUCACCCCCUUCAUCCCCUCCCUCUUCCUCCUCCUCUUCUUCCUCCUCCUCUUCCCAUUCCCAGAUCCCCUCUCAAAGCCCCCGCUCCUUCUGCCACCUCUCAAGCCCCCAGUCCUCCGACUGCGAGGACACGGACAAGCGCAAGGCGCACAACUUCCUCGAGCGCAAGCGGAGGAACCGACCUGCGCUCGCGCUUCUCUCGCUGCGGGACGAGAUCCCGGGCCUGGCGGAUUGCCCCAAGACACCGAAGGUGGCAAUCCUGACUCGAGCCACGGAGUACUUGCAGCAGCUGCAUGUCAGUGAGAGGCAGAAGGCCCAGGAGAGGAAGCAGCUGAAGUCCAGACAGCUGCAGUUGCUGCAGAGGCUGGCGCUGCUCAAACGCUCCUGAGCGACGUGGGGGAAACCGGCUCUCACCACACGCACACAAACACUCACAGAACUGAAUACAUGAAGGAGAAGAGACACUAAUGUUCACUUUGAUUUGAUCACGUUGGAAUAGUGCGGGUGGAUUUAAUUGUUUUUGUUUUCUAUUUUUGUGGUUUGCACAUUUAGCUUCUGAGUGAUGGACAAGGCCGUAAGCUGGUCAGGACGGCAAGCUAGGGACUGAUCUUAUAGGGCGUUUUUACGGGCAGAUUAAUAUGUCCAUGGUUAUUGAAUAUAGGUUUCAUGCUAUAAUCCCCCACUUGCUGAAAAAUGCUCAAAAAUGUUGCUUGUUUACGGGAAGGAUUGCUGUGAAUGAAGCAGCUGCUAGUUGAUCAACUCACAUUUUUCUACCUGCUGCAUGGUCUGGUCAGAUGAUUUCUUGAUUGUGAUGGGGCUUACCCAGCAGAUAUGUCCUCUCUUUCUGUCUGUCAUUUUCUAAAAGGCCCUCUAUAGAUUCUAAUGUGUUGUUCUUUACAGCCCUUAGCUCCUUAGCGCUUGGCAAACAACUUUCACAUUUUGUUAUCAAGUUGUGCCUUGUUUCUGAUCUGUUUUCUUUCCCAUUUUCUUUUCUAUUAUUCUCGAUCUAACCUCAUUUUCUUGUUCUUUUCUUACCACCGUUUCCCUCGUCAGCAGUUGAGGCAUGUAGCUUUUAUGCUUGCUGUAGUGGGACUGUACUGAGCCAUGUAACAAAUGACGUUACAACUGGAUACAAUAUAUUCUGCACCUCUGGAAUAGCUCAGGUUGAGUCCUAAACUUCUGUGCCUGCAGGUUUUCAAUUCAGUGUUUUCCUCUUGCAUCGUAGACAUUUCAACAGCAGCACCACGCCCACAGUAAUGCCUGAUUUGUAGCAUUAAUUGGAUCAAGAAAAAUAAGUUGCCAUAGAAUUUCUUUGAGAAUAAUCGUGUUUUCAAUCAAAAAACACUAUGAAGAUGUUCACCAGGAUCAUUAUUGUUAUUGUUGUGCCAUGGAGACCAGUGGAAAGUUGAAUGUUGGCUUCAAAUUAUUAUCAACCAAAAAAAAGAUAUUUUAGAGAAUGGCUUCAUUUAACCUGUAUGUUUCGAGACAUUUAAAAAUGCCAACAUUUGCUUUGAGAUGAAGCCCAACGAGGUCUAACUGUACAUUUCUUUCAUCUUGCUGUCUGGUCAAUUUGUUUUUGUUUUUGCAUUCAGUGUAACGCCUAUAGAAGCCUUUCAAUGUACGUAGACUAUCCUGUUGGAUGUUAUGUUUAUAGUUCCCUUACUGUACAGUCCCUUCCAAACCAAAACCAGAGCUGUCUACUUUACUCAUCCUAGUUUUUGUUCAGCCCUAAAGCUUGCUGGCUUUUCAAAGAUAACUCAAAGCUUCUAUUUUUGUUAAUAAAAAGAUUAUGAAAAAGAGUCGAAAUGAAACACUUACUGAACAUUGAUCACACUAGACACUUUGUCGCCAGUUUUUUUUUUUUUUUUUGCGAAGCCUACUUGUUUUCAUUACUGUGCAUUGUCUGUUUCUGGGGUUUGAUUUAUUUGUACAAGUUCACAAAAGUUUUAUACUAUAUUUUCCUACAGAGUUGUGUUUCAGUGUGAGCUAAUGACUGUUUUUGUUAUUGUAGCUGGUGGGGCUUUAUUGGUGGUUAUGUGCUGAAAAUUGUCUGCUUUUUAUCUGGAGUUGAAAGCACCUGAAUGCUCCUGUCUUCAAUCCAAUCACUGUAGCUGUAGCACUCUGUUAAAUGUUUCGCGGUGUGCAGGGAGGAGGGAGGACUUAAGAGGAUCUACCGAUUAAACUUGUGUGUAGCCUUGAGUAACCUUAUGCUUUCCCUCUGCCUUUGUUUUAGUUUUUUUGCAAGGCCGAUGCCCCCUAUUGUUCCCAUAAGCCAUGCAACAGAACACUGUAGCCCUGAAAUAGUACUGUAAAUGGCAUGAGUAGCGUACUCUGCUAUUACUAGCACUCAGGAAACUCCCACGUGUAGCUUGUAGCUAUUCUGAUAGGGCCAGAGGCUGCGCUUGAGGAAACACCCUCUGCUUUAUUAUGCUGUAACAUAAACACAGACCCACACUGAUGGAAAGAGAGCAUUAGAUCAGGGGAAUCAUCAUGUAUGUGAUUACAUAUUUAUGUCCCCCUUUCUAAUUCAGCACAAGCCACCAUAAGCCCUGGUUUUUAUUUUCUCUCAAUAGGGUGCACCCACAGCAGCCCCUUUUGUUUAUUGUUUGACUUGUAUUGGUCACAGGUUUCUGCUGUUGGCACAGUCAGUGGAUGUUGCUUACUGACUUUUGGAGUUUAACCAUGGUGAUUUUGGAGCCUUGUUUCAGCACUUUGUUUUUUUCUGUACCUCAUAAGCCUCUAUGUAUGACGAGUAAGUCCGGUAAAUAAUAAAUUCAUGGUUUGACAUCAUAAAUUAU